UACAUUUCACUGAACUGGCUUACAAACCUGAGUUGAAAUAGUGAUAACUCAUUAAAUUAAGUUGAAAUUUCAUAACUUAUUAUGUUAAGUGAUGGUAAAUUAUAGAAAGAAGUUUCUAUAACUUAUUGAUCCAAUCCUUUUUUACAGUGUAUCACAUUCCUUACUAUUACAAAAUCUGUGCCUCCAGGGCAAGAGAGAGAGAAAGAGACCGGAAGAGAGCAAAGCAUCCAAUCAGAAAGUCAAGUCGAGGUCCAACAGCUCAGUUGGAAGUUCGAGCUGCUGGAAUUCUGCUCAUUGCUUUGAACUAUGACUGAGGCAGAGUUGUACACGCGGUACAAGGGGGUCUAUGUGCCUUCAGAUCUGCACCCUCCACAGAGCCUGAAAUACUACGAGGAGUUCACUUUUCGCCCAGAUGAUACUCUCAUCGCAACGUAUCCCAAGUCAGGUACGACCUGGCUGCAGGAGAUUGUUCCUCUGAUCAUGAGUGGAGGAGAUCCAGCUUCUGUUGAGACUCUUCAUAACUGGGACCGCGUUCCCUGGCUGGAGGAGAGCCGGGCCUGCAUCCUCAACCUUGAAGCGAGACCGUCACCCCGUAUUUUUACGACACACUUCCACUACAACAUGAUGCCACCAUCCUUCUUUGAAGUAAAGCCAAAGGUCAUCUACGUCAUGAGGAACCCCAAAGAUGUGUUUACAUCUUCCUUUCACUAUUAUGGGAUAACAUCCUUCCUGGUACACCCCGGCCCACAGAGCGACUUCCUCCACAAGUUCCUUGAUGGAGACGUUAUUUUUGGCUCUUGGUUUGACCAUGUGAAGAGUUGGCUGAAUGCUGAAGAUAAAGAGCGCAUACUGUACAUCUCCUAUGAAGAUCUGAUAAUGGACCUGAAGGACUCUGUGGCCAGAAUCGCUCAGUUCUUGGAGAAAUCACUGGACACUGAGGUGAUAGAGAAGAUAGCAGACCGGUGUUUGUUCAAGAACAUGAAGCAGAACAAAAUGUCAAACUACUCCGCAGUUCCUUGUGAAUUCAUGGACCAGACAAAGUCAGAAUUUCUCAGGAAAGGAAUUGCCGGAGACUGGAAAAACCAACUAACAGCGGCAGAAGCACAGCACUUUGAUGCUGUUUACAAAGACAGAAUGAAAGAUGUCAAAUAUAAGUUUGCAUGGGAUUAAAAUAAAUUCACUGAAAA